AUGGCUGAGCUCGCCGGGGGAGCCGUCCGCUCGCUGCUUGGCGUCAUCCACGACGAGGCUAAGUUACUGGGCGGCGUCCGUGGCGAUGUGCAGUUCAUCAAAGAGGAGAUGGAGAGCAUGAACAGCUUCCUCCUGCACCUCGCCAGGAAGACGCCCCGCAGCGGGGAGCACGACGAGCAGGUCCGCACGUGGAUGAAGCAGGUCCGCGACCUCGCUCAUGACUGCAGCAACUGCAUCGAUGUCUACCUACGGCGCGGCAAUCCGGCAGUCUACCGUGCCAGAGGAAUACUGCUGGGUUACGUGUGGUGGGUGCCUUGGUUCGUGAAGAAGACGCUCGCUCAGCACCUCGCAGCCACCCAGCUGCGCGACCUCAAAGCUCGGGCUCGUGAUGUUGGGGAGCGGCGGCUCAGGUACGGCGUCGAGGUCCCGGCGAAGCUGGACUUCGACCAAAAGUUGAUGGAGGCGUCGUCGUCAUCAACAUUGUUCCAAGCUACUAGGGCAGUUGUAGCCGAAGGAGACCAUGACUUCGAAGAAGACUACUACCGGAUGAUAAGCGAUGAUCCACGAAGGGAGCAAGCCUUUUCCGAGCCUCGCAUUUCUGACAAGUGCACUGAAAAGCUAGUACGCUGGCUUGAACAACAACAAGAGGAUGGUCCAUUCCAAGCCAUUGCCAUUGCAGCACCAGAUGAAGAGGAUGGAAACGAAAUACCAAACGAAGCUUUAUCUCAUGUUGCCGUUAAGGAAAAUUUUGACCACAUCUUCUCUCUAUAUGACCGGUCUUGCCUGCAAGAACCCUGGGAUUUUCUUGGUGAUAUCUUGGAGAACCUUGAAGAGGAAUCCAACAAAUCAGUGGAAGAAUUUGGCGAGGAAGCUAUCGACAAGAAGAUUAGGAAAAUCGAGGAGAAGAUCGAAGAGUACCUGGAGAAAGCUGGUAAUAAAGGUUACCCGGUUGAACCCUUAGCAGUACUCUGUGGCAUCUUGGGGGUGCUGCUCCAGGAUGCAACUGCCGGUGAGGAUCAAAGUCAAACCCAGGAAAAGAUCCUUGACGAGACAGUUGAUAAAAUGAAAAGGUAUCUGGAAUCAACGGGUGAAUCGAGUUCCUGCAGGAUUGGUGUUGAGCAUCGCCAAUACAUAGCCAUCCUACAGGAGCUGCUUCCCAAGCAGCACACCACACAGGCAAAAGUAGCCACAAAUAAGCAAGCCGGCGAGGAUCAUAUCGUGAAAAACAUUAAAGACAUCACGUUGAAGAUUCAUGUGCAGAUCACACCGGAGCUGCUGCUGCCAGUGUCACUUCACCAGCUAGAUAAAUCAAUGGGAGAAUCAGGCCAAGACCAGCUGUUGGCAGGCGAGGAGGACUGCAGGGAGAUGAUUGAACAUGUCCUAGAGAGGAUCAAAGAGCACCUGUUAAUUCAAGAAACCGUGGGGAGGGUUAGAGAGCAUCUGCAGGGUACAAGGACACUGGUCGUUCUCCACAAUGCCUCUGGCUACAAAUGGGAUGAGACUGCAAAGGCCUUGCGAGAUUUGGGUUGCAGUUCAAUGGCAGUGGUAGUUACCACAAAAUACAUGCAGAGGGCCAACGAGUUUUGCUAUGGGACAGAACCCAUCAUAUACUCUUCUAUUGAAUACUAUCGCGAAACAGCACUCCAACUUACAAAUCGGCAUGUGAAUGAUGACGAGAAGUACAGUGCUGAAAUCUACCAUGAGAUCUUGGAGAAAUGCAGGGUGGAUGAGUUCUGCAUAAAGAUGUUCAUCCAUGCUCUGUUUGCCAAUCCAAUGAGGAGCAGAGAAGAACUGGACAAAUUGAGCAACAGCCUCGUGUUUGAAGGAUCCGUGGAGACCAAUGGCUACAAGAUGAUCAAGUUCUCGUACAAUGAUCUGCCUAGGGAAUACAAGACCUGCUUGCUGUAUCUAGCCAUCUUCCAUAAAGACGAGAAGAUAAACCGGACAAGAUUAAUUGGGCGGUGGGUUGCGGAAGGACUGAUAACUAGACAAGACUGGCCCAGUUCAGUCAGUCAGGCCGAGCAUUGUUUUGAGGUACUUGCCGACCUAUGGCUUCUCUGUCCUUGCGACGUUGGUACUGCAGGGAAGGUCAAGAGCAUUACGUUGCAUCCACUAGUGUACAACUUCAUCACCAGGAUGGCCAGGAAAGAACACAUUCUGGACACACGCCUAUCUUGGCACCUGGCUCGCCACUUCUCCGUUCUCAGCAACAUCCGGCUCCGUCCCUCGGAUAGCAUCCUCAACUUCUUGAAGCAACCAUCCCGAGCAUCAUCUCAGUUAAAUCUCGUCAAGGUCCUGGAUCUGGAAGGUUGUCCAUCCCUUAGGGAUAAUCAACGAUGGCUCAGGAAUGUGUGCACCUCAUUAAUACUGCUCAAGUAUCUGAGCCUAAGGAACACAGAUGUCACUCAGCUGCCGAAGGAGAUCAACAUGCUCCAGCAGCUGGAGGUGUUGGACAUCCGGCACACUCCUAUGAGUGCCUGCGCCACAAAACUGCUCAUGCUACUGAAGCUAAAGCGUCUGCUGGCUGGUCACACCGGCACUGGUGGUGGUGAUGCUAGCACACUUUCCACUGUCCAGAUGCCUCACAAGGUCAGAAAAAUGAUGGACCUGGAAGUGUUGUCCCAUGUACAGGCUUCGAAACAUCAUGCUACAGAACUGAGAGAGAUUGGCCAGCUAUGGCAACUAAGGGUUCUUGGUGUGAUCAUUUAUGAUUGGAAAGCUCAACUUGAGAACUUACUCCAAGGGAUUAGCGAUCUGAAUGAGUGCCUUCGGUCUUUGUCGCUCGAGAUCAAGCCUCCGCCUGCCAGGCAGGCUGCUACUCCUGACGUACCUGCAGCCGAUACUAUCAGUGCACACUGUAAAAACACACCCAAGCUUCUUGAAAGCCUGAGUAUCAGUGGAGUCACGAUGUAUGGGCAUCUUCUCCCAUUGUUUGCAAGAGGCUGCCACAAACUUGCUGAGGUAACUCUUCAUAACACCUCGUUAGACCACAAUGAUAUGGAAUCCCUCGCAGAUUUGCCCAACCUACGCGGCCUCAAGCUCCAGCAUGUUAAUUUACACACUGAGGGAAAGCUUAUGAUCCAGACUAAUGGGUUCCAAAAUCUCAAGUAUCUUGUCAUUGAGGGGGGCGGCAUCACCGACAUCAACUUUGAACUUGGAGAAGCUCCUAAGCUUGAAAGCAUCACCUGGCUCAUCGACGGGAUAGUGUCUCUGUCGGGAAUCAACAAUCUUCCCAAGUUGAAGGAAAUGGUGUUCAAUGAUGGUGUCAGGCUACCAGAUCAGGUGAUACAAGCCAUAGAAGCACACCCAAACUUCAUUGAUACUAAUGGAAUAUGGGAAUUAUGCUAA